AUGCUAGCGUUAGCCCAGCCAUCCACAUUGCAAGAGCUCUGGGUGGGUGUUCUUUCCAUAGAAGCUUCACUAGCCACCUCCCUGGCUUGCUCACUGAGGUUGUCUACUAGCUGCCUGACUUCUGCGAAAGAACUUGCCGGUUCCCCGAUUUGUGUUGCCUCCGCCAGCUACUGUAAUUCAGGGAUGCUUGGGGGUGUCUGUUCUAGACAGUCCUCCCAUCAUAUCGCGCACCCAAGAUAUAGUGCUGGUAAGAUUAAGCUGAGAACUUUCGUGACGUGCUACCCUUGCCCCGACCCCGCCUGUGUGCUCUUUUGCCCCAGCGGGGAUGAUGGCACUACUGGCAAAGACCGUCCGGUGAAAACGCUGCAGGCGCGAAGUGUGGUAGGCCUGUGCUGGGAGGCCCUUGCUCAUCCUGAAUGGAGAAGGGCUAUGGUUGAAGAGAAAGAUGCACUCCAAAAGAAUGGUACUUGGGAACUUGUUCUAUUGCUUGAAGGGAAAGGCCCUACUUUACUUAUGAUGAGGGAGAGGAUGACCUAUAGGAGGGGGGUUGGUGUGGGACUUCAUAAGAAGAUCCGCGAUCUGAAGCUCCUCGGAAGGUUUUUGGAUAAUGCGGAUAGAGUGGAUGGAUGCCUAGCCGAAGAAUCCACGGACACCUAUGCUACCUGCCUUUACGGAAGAGCAAUAAUAUGCCCUUAUGUACACACCGCCCAUCACACUAUGGGAGCUGGCCAGGCCCGAAGUUGUUACCUUAACCGCAAGGAGGGGGAUGCCGAAGGCAGGGCUAGUGACUAG